CGGUGCUGUCACCGAGGAAGGCAAAGAAGAAGAAGGAUGAGGAAGUGCUGCGGCUUCAUCUCGCUGUCUCGUAUAGGCGAUGCAAAUCCUACUUUGGUGCCAAGUACACGCGAAGCAACGACAUCUUUGUAAUAUUUGAAAAUGCCAUGGGUAACUGUUGGGCUUUUUGCGUAGGACUCUUCAGAAGAGAGGCUAAUAGGAUCCAAAGAGGGGGCGGGUCCAAAUACUUUUGCAGUAGCACCACUGGGGAGCAUUAUACAAUCGAGUUUGAAAACCUUGUAGAAAGUGAUGAGGAGGAAAGCCCUCAGCCUUGCCCAAGACCCAUCAGUGAGGAUGAGCUGACAAACCUUCGAGAGCAUCGAUAUACUGACAUCUCCAAAAAGCAGGUCCUGAUAGACCAGAAACUUCAAGCGGAGUUAGAGGCACAAGAGGAGAGUUUGAGGCUAGAAGAGGAGGCUAGAAAUGCUGCCCAGCGGGAGGCCGCCAGGUUGGCACGUGAACGAAAAGGGAAGGAGCGCUUGGCCCAGAAGACGAGGGGGAAAGCAGAUGGGUGCGGCAGCGGCAGCGAUCCUCAGACGAGAAAACAAACCGGGGAUGGUUUCGAACCCUCCCUGCAGAAUGUCAAAGCCCAGUCUGAGGCUUUCAGAAGCAAUCGACUUCCCUCCGACACAAACGUGGUGACGCCUAACACGGAGUGCAGCUGGGAUUUCACCACCAAGACACGCUCCACCAAUGAUGACGCCACUUCACUGGACCUAGAGUGGGAGGAUGAGGAGGGAAUCAACCGAGCGCUUCCAGCCUGGGAGAGAUCUCGGACAGAAGAGGACAUCCUGCGCGCAGCCUUGCGACCCGGCGGAAAGCAAGCGCACAGCGGCCCGACUUCCGCCUCUGAGGACUCAAACGCGUUGGAGUGGGAGAAUGAUUUUGUGAGUACCCACCCGGAGGACAAUGCAGACCCGGAAUUCGAAGGUUUUGUCAAUCCUGUCAUGGACACUCCCUCGGAGGACGCUUCGGACUACAGUCUUGGGUUGGACGGCCAGGACAGAUAGUGUCCAGCACAAAAUGAGACUUCAACACAUUCUCACAUACACCCGAGCCACCAGCCCCCCCGCCCCAUCUCAUGAAAUAAAUAUAAUUCUAACUUCCUUUUUCAGUGCCUUCAUUGCUGAUCAUUUCUUGUAUUGUCGCGAAACAAUUGCAAUUAUUUACCGUCUAAGGAAAGCUCUUAUGACCAGUUCACACUGCCCACAUAAUCAAUCUGUUGCCAAACUAUUCCUAAGAUCGUUACAACUAAGCAUGUAUUACUUAGACGGUAUCACAAAGGUUCGUUCUCAACAUUAAUGUGAGCAAACCCUUAAAACAAUUGCAACAAUACAAAACAAAUAAUAUGCUGCUCAUUAUACUGAAAUGAUGUCCGAGCGUUGAUUAGAACUCCAGAAAGAAAAAGAAAAUACUGCACACAAUUGAAAGUAAACAAGACACUUUGUACUUAAACAAGUACGAUGUAAAAAAAAAAAAUCACUUUUUUGCAAAAUGAAUAUUUGCUGCUGAACCCGGGAACACAAUCAUGUCAUAUCAAAAUCCCACACUUUUUCAGGUUUACUCUCCCAUCUUGUAACCAAUUGCAGGAUAGGAAGGAGUUGCUGAUUAACUAAACUGUUUUUGACAAUCUGCACAAUAUGUAACAUGUAUGUUGAGUCUAGAAUAGCUUUAAAUUGUGUUUAGAACAUCUUGGGCUAGGAUUGCUAUUUAGAUAGAAAGGAAACACAAACGAUCUCAUGUUCCUUACAGCAAAAGUAGAUUUGUUUUUUUGUUGGGAUUGUUUUUAUUGUAAAUUUGGUCUGUGGCUGUCGUACACUGUAGACACUGAAAGCAAUAUUUCAGGCUGAACAGGACCAAAGACCAUAGCUCAAACUGAGAUGUGUUGGUGAUCAAAUGCUGCUCUCCAUAUCAUGCGUCCAUCAUCCAUCCUUCAGUUUUCUAGUCAUGUAGUCGUUCUCUUUGCUUCUGUUGCUGGAGAAUGUAGCCGAGACACACGAUGAUAUGCAGAUUCCACAUAACAAUUCAUCCUGUUUUAUGUAUGCUUGUGCCCUUUUAAAGGGAAACAUGUUUUGUAAUUAUUUCCACGUUCCAAUCACUGGAACUUAUUUGCAAACUGGGCCUAAAAUGACAAACACUGGGAAAUGUCUUUGGACUGUCUGAGAAUGCAUUGGCUCGCUGCAUAUUGCCUGGCUUUGUUUCAUUGACAUAUUAAAGUUUUUUUUGUUUACAUAGGAUGUAAACUUGCAAAUAAAACACCAACAUACA